GAUCUAUUGCACGAAUCCGCGAUCCUGAGCAGAGAGCUACUGCCGGAGAUCUGGAAGAAUCUCCUCAAGUUGGAGGCGCCAAAGGCUCAACCAAGGAGCAAACACGAGCCUACCGACUUCAAGGAGGUCCUGCUGGAUUUUCUGAGAGCUGACUGCUUCCUUCUCCCUUUGACGGGCGGGCAGUUCAUGGUGCCCAGCCUGCUUCGGCGCUGGACGCCGCAGCUGGAGGAUGCGCCCGAAGACAUCGGGGACCUCGUCGAAGAGGUGCCCCUGGAAGAUGCCGUGGCGAUGGAUUUGGGUGGCCUCUCCGUCCCGGACCUCUUUCCGCAGAUUCUUGCCAAGCUCAUGGACAGAAAGGAGAUUGAGGCCUUGCAAGACAACUGGGACUCUGCCUUCCUCUACCGCAACGCCUUGCAGAUUGAUCUGCCCGCCUGCACGCUCAUUGCCUUGGAAUGUCCCGUGGAGAAGCCUGAAAGGGUGGUGCUGCGCAUUCGGGACUUCGAGGCUACGGAGUGGUUCGAGUCUCCG